AUGGAGCCCCUGUGUCCGAGCCAAUUCGCUUAUCUUCUCAACCUUCUAGAUAGAGAUCUGGCGGUCCAGCUUCAAGACGAAUCACGAGGGCGCAUGACAAAAUCCAAGUUUGGAGAUCUCGCGGCAUUUUCGCCUACAAGUGCGGCGCAUGACCUCUUCAAUUUGAUCUCCAAGCUUUCAAAUGGCGCCCGCACUUUUGUGUAUGGUUCGGAUUACGAAGCGAUAAUGGUGGAACGUCUCAUGCAUCUCGCCCCUCCUGAAGUUACUGGAUAUAUUCUAGAUUCGCCAGUGAGUACAACGGGAGUAUAUAAUUAUUUUACAGAUUUCGAUGAUAUCGUUGACGAAGUGGCAAGAACUUUAAUGGAACGCUGCGAUCACGACCGUGUCUGCAGCUCCCACUUUAAAGAACCGGAUACAUUAAUUGCUGUAUUUCAAGAUGUUUUGACCGCUUUCGACGAUCAACCGGGUUCAGCGUGCUUUGAAAUAAUAAACACCAUGAACAUUAUGAAUCAAAAGUGGCCAGCCUCCCACAAAUUGCGAAAACUUAUAUCCUCUCUGGUGAUAUCUCCAUGGUCGUACAUGACAAUUCCUCAGCUUGUGUACCGCCUCAAGCGCUGCCAACCCCAUGAUGUGGACGUCUUGACGAGCUUCAUUGACAAUUUGUUAAAUCAAGGUCUCUUAAAAAAUUUGGAUUCUAGCGGGCAGAGCUCCGAGAUGCUGUACUUCCUCAUCAUUUACUCGGAAUUGUGGGAAAGACCGACGCCUUCAGUAGCGGAAUUAAAAAAGCGCUUUACGGACACUGUCGGGGGUUGGGGUAUAUAUGCCGAUGUUAAAUUGUACUGUGCUUUUUCAAAAGAGCAAUCAAAGGUGUGUGAUAGGUACAGUUUUGGCAAGUAUGGAGCUCGCGGAAUCAAUUAUAAGCGCGAUCGGUACUGGAAUGCGAGUGUGACAAUUCCUAGUCAGGCCAGUGUUCUAGUGAUGAGUAGCAAGAUGGAUAUGUUUUCGCCGAUCAAGUACGCCAAAAGCCUAUUUGAAUCCCUCAUCAGUAAACAUAAAGAGCUCAUUACCUUCCAAACUGGUAGUAGCCCAAUGUUCUUAAGUACACAUCUCCAAUUGAGAUAUCUAUCAGGGGACACUUGUGCAUCAAAAAUAAUUGCAUCCUACAUCAGAAGUGACGGUGAUUUGACCGGUUUGGAUAAGUCUUGUCUGGACGAGAUGCCAACAUUCCAAAUGAUCCCUAGCGACUUCAACGAAGCCAAUUUCACAAACAGCCCUAAUUUUUCUUAA